AUGGCUGCUGAAUUUAAGGCUAUGUUAGAUGGUUUAAAUACGCUGAUGGGUUCUCCUCUGACUAUAGUUCGAUCCUGUUCUCCAACGCUCUACAUGAUUUAUAUAGACCUUCUGGAUGCUGAAAAUCAUUUGAAGAUACUUAAAAUAAUUCUUGAUAAAGAAAAUCUACAAUCUGGAUUUCAGUUUGAACAUCUUUCAAAUGAGACCGAAGGGUAUUCAGGGAGUGAUUUGAAGAACCUCUGUAUCGCCACAACAUAUAGACCUAUCCAAGAACUUCUGGAGAUAAAAAUGGAGGUUAUCCCGAACAAGUAAUUCAGAUGGAGAAGCCGAAGAAGCCUACUCUAAUGAUUAAAUGCUUAUCUUGUUGCAUUUUUGUCACUAAAUUGAUUGGAAAUUUUUUUUGUACAACUUAAUGGCAACGUGGAUGUAAAAUUUUCAUGACUUGAUUAAAUUUUCAUGGACGAGGUAGUUCUCUUUUGUUACAAUUGUGUAACCGGUAACUCUGAUAACUUGUCUUUGAGCAUAUGAGG